AUGGAUUUGGACAAAUUUGGUUCAAAAUUCUAUGUCUCACCCUCCAAGGAUGCAUUGAAGAAGAAGUAUGUAGGAAUAUCAAUUUACGAAAUUCCUACACCGGCAUUUGUUGUAGAUCAGAAGGUUGUGAAGAACAACUGUGACGAAAUGCUAAAAAGCAUUGAGGCAACAGGCGCACUGUUUCGUCCUCAUGUGAAAACUCAUAAAUGCAUUGAAGCUAUGGAUUUACAGUUGCAGGGAAGGGUUAAUGCUGUCGUUGUAUCUACUAUACGCGAAGCCAUUGCCGUUGUUGCGUCUGGCAAAGUAGAUGACAUAUUAUACGGUUUACCAGUUUGUCGAUCUCGGCUUGAGGAACUUUAUGAACUAUCAAAAAAUGUAAAGUCCGUACGGUUGCUCAUCGACAAUCUUGCGCACAUUGAUAUUUUGAAGCAGUUUGCUCAAAAACACUCAAUUAAGAGGCCAUUUUCCGUGUUUAUUAAAAUUGACAUGGGAACAUCUCGUGCAGGAUUGCAAGUUGGCUCCCCGGAAUUGCAAGAUUUGAUUGAUACAACCUUGAACGCUUCUGGCAUAAUUAACUUAUUCGGGUUUUAUUGUCACGCAGGGCACUCGUAUGGUGCAAGCAGUAUUGAAGAAGCGAGAAACUAUCUUCUCGAUGAAAUCAGGGCAGCCAACGUUGCUGCUGAAUAUGUGCAUAAAAAAAACAGAUCGACUCCUCUGGUUCUUUCAGUUGGUGCUACACCAACAGCCCAUGCAACGAAGGCGUGGAUAGCUGAUAGUGUCCCGAAGUUGUACGGAAGACUGGAAAUUCAUACAGGUAAUUACGCUUUUUGUGAUUUACAACAAGCAGCGACGGGAUGUGUUUCCGUUUCCAAUAUCGCUUGUUCAGUGAUGGCAGAAGUAAUCAGCACGUACCCCAACCGCAAAGGCGCACCAGGCGAGGCACUCGUAAAUGCCGGUGUGAUAUCUUUGUCCCGAGAAAAUGGCAGAAUCCCAGGGUUUGGAAAUGUGAUUACGGAAGGCCUCGAGAACUGGUAUGUCGAUAGGUUGAGUCAAGAGCACGGAAUUUUACGGAGCUCAAAUUCGAAAGAUGUUCUGCCUCGUAUAGGUCAACUCGUACGGAUUGUGCCCCAACAUGCGUGUAUCACAGCAAACGCUUUCACGUGGUAUUUUGUAACAGAUGGUGGGGACAUUAUCACAGAUAUCUGGGUACCUUGGAGAGGAUGGUAA